UGGCUGUCCGCGCACGGGGGCGUGUCAGGCGGCGGAGGCGGCGUGGGACUUCGGUGGCGCCGGGCCCUCACAGGGUGGCGCGGGGCUAACGCCGGCGCGGGAGCGGCGACUGCAGAGCCGGUGUCAAUCUCAGCCAAGCUCUUGGGAUUCUGUCACCAUGGAGACUGAGAGUGAGCAGAACUCCGGCUCCACCAGUGGGAGCUCCAGCUCUGGGGGAAGCACCCGUCCUCAGAUAUCACAGAUGUCUCUGUAUGAGCGGCAGGCUGUUCAGGCUCUUCAGGCACUCCAGAGACAGCCCAAUGCAGCCCAGUACUUUCAUCAGUUUAUGCUCCAGCAACAGCUUAACAGUGCCCAGCUUCACAGCUUGGCUGCUGUCCAGCAGGCUACUAUUGCAGCUAGUAGACAGGCCAGCUCACCAAACACCAGCACCCCACAACAGACUACCACCACCCAAGCCUCUAUCAACCUAGCCACCACAUCAGCUGCUCAGCUGAUCAGUCGUUCGCAGAGCGUGAGUUCUCCCACUGCCACAACUCUAACGCAGUCUGUGCUCCUUGGGAACACCACUUCACCACCUCUCAACCAGUCACAGGCACAGAUGUAUCUCCGGCCGCAGCUGGGAAACCUGUUGCAGGUAAACCGGACCUUGGGCCGCAAUGUCCCUCUUGCUUCCCAACUCAUCCUGAUGCCUAAUGGGGCCGUGGCUGCUGUCCAGCAGGAGGUACCACCCACCCAGUCUCCUGGGGUCCAUGCAGACACAGACCAGGUUCAAAACUUGGCUGUGAGGAGCCAACAGACCUCAGCCACUAAUGCCCAGCUCCAAGGCUCUGCUCAGAAGGCGGCUCUGCCAGGAAACUCCCAGGCUUCAGGCCUACCACAGGCCACAAGUACAGGCCAGACUGUGGCAGUGGCUCCAGCCUCUUCUGGCAGCAUUGGCCAGUCUCUCAACUUGAGCCAAGGGGCAGCAGGCAGUAAUGGUGUCUCCGGGGGUGUGGUUGCAAGUAGUGGGAGCCAGAAUUCUACAGCGUUGAGCCAGACAGCCUCUGCAGGUGCUGCUGGCAGCUGCCAACGGAAAGGAACGGGAGUGGUUCAGCCAUUACCAGUAGCAGCUGCCCAGGCAGUGACUGUCAGCCAGGGAAGCCAAACAGAGUCAGAGAACGCAGCCACAAAGAAGGGUGAAACGGACAGUGGUGGACAGCAGACUGUGGGCAUGAACCUUACCAGGACAGCUACACCAGCACCCAGCCAGACAUUGAUUAGCUCAGCUACAUAUACACAGAUUCAGCCACACUCACUGAUCCAGCAGCAGCAGCAGAUCCACCUGCAGAAACAGGUGGUAAUCCAGCAGCAGAUUGCCAUUCAUCACCAGCAGCAGUUCCAGCACCGCCAGUCCCAGCUCCUCCACACAGCCACCCACCUCCAGUUGGCCCAGCAACAGCAACAGUCAUCAUCUCUGACCCAGCAGCAGCAAGCUCAACCUCCACAGCAGCAGGCUCCACCUCAAAACCAGCAGCAGACUCAGACCCUUGUGGUGCAACCUAUGUUACAGUCCCAGCCACAGUCUGUUCAGCUCCAGCAUGACAGUCCUAGCCAGCCAGCCACCAAGUCACCUGUUCCAAUUCAGUCAAAGUCUAUGGUCACCAUCAAACCACCUCAGCUUGGGCCUGCCAAAAUGUCAGCAGCACAGCAGCCUCCACCACACAUCCCUGUGCAGGUGGUGGGUACUCGGCAGCAGGGCUCAGGCCAAGCCCAAGCACUGGGUAUAGCUCAGAUUGCUGCAGCAGUACCAACUUCCCGGGGAAUGCCAGCUGUGGUCCAAUCUGUUUCCCAAGCCCAUGCUCCUUCCCCACCUUCUUCAGCUCCAGUAUCCUCGCAGGAAACUCCUCCUCUCACUACAGGGGUGAAUUUGGCACAAGUUCAAGGUACAACCCACAUGGUGAAGAAUCCUACCUCCUCUCCAGUUGUGGCUCAGAUGCCAACAGCAUUCUACAUGCAGUCUCUCCAGUUGCCAAGCAAGUCUCAGAGCUUAGCAAUAAAGCGCAAGGCAGAGUCAGAGGAGGAGAAGGAGGUAUCAGCCAGUGUCACUGCACUAAUGCCUGCCAGGUCCUCUCCUGUGACAGAUAGCCCCAAAAAUGUGGAGGAAAAUAAUGGCCAUGGAGAUAAAUCUGAUUCUGCUGCUACUGCAACCCCAAAUGCCACAUCAAGUGAAGGAACAUCAGUCACCUCGACUUCUGUUCCCACUGCAAACCUGGCAAUGGUGUCACGUCAGACAGGAGACUCCAAGCCUCCACAAGCCAUUGUUAAGCCCCAGAUCCUCACGCACAUAAUAGAGGGCUUUGUCAUCCAGGAAGGAGCAGAGCCCUUUCCGGUGGGUUGUUCUCAGCUGCUAAAAGAAUCUGAGAAACCUUUGCAGGGAGGGGCUCCUGGCCAGGGUGAAAACCUGUCCAGCAAUUCUCCAGGAGGGAACAGUGCUUCUAUGGAGCUUGAUAAGAAAGCAAACUUGCUGAAGUGUGAAUACUGUGGGAAGUAUGCCCCAGCUACCCAGUUCCGUGGCUCCAAAAGGUUUUGUUCCAUGACCUGCGCUAAAAGGUACAAUGUCAGCUGCAGCCAUCAGUUUCGGCUGCAGAGAAAGAAGAUGAAAGAACUCCAGGAAGCUAACUAUGCUCGAGUGCGCCGACGGGGAUCACGGCGCAGCAGCUCUGAAAUUACUCGAACAAAGAUCCAGGGCAAGCGUCACAGGGGCCAGGAGGAUUCAAGUCGAGGUUCUGAUAAUUCUAGCUACGAUGAGGCUUUGUCCCCUACAUCUCCAGGACCUCUGUCAGUAAGAUCUGGCCAUGGAGACAGAGACCUGGCAAACUCUAAUAUGGCCCCACCUACCCCAGAUCUACAUGGCAUCAACCCUGUAUUCCUGUCCAGCAAUCCCAGUCGUUGGAGCGUGGAGGAAGUGUAUGAGUUCAUUGCAUCACUGCAAGGAUGCCAGGAGAUUGCCGAAGAGUUUCGGUCACAGGAAAUAGAUGGCCAGGCCCUGUUGCUUUUGAAGGAAGAACACCUCAUGAGUGCUAUGAACAUCAAGCUAGGACCUGCUCUCAAGAUAUGUGCCAAGAUCAAUGUCCUCAAGGAGACCUAACAGCUCUGAAGCUAGCAGUUUCAAUUUUGCUCUGACCCCAGAGCAGCUGCCAGCUUUAAGACAUUCUGUUGGGGCAAGGAAUGGGACAAUACCAUGUGGUCCUGCAUUCAAGAAUGAAAAGGAAUUUAACUGCCUGAAACUGCCAUGCACAAGCCCAUGUCUUGAUCUUUGAAUGGUGCUAUAAAAAGGGAGGAAAAUUCCCACCUGGGGCCUUGGAAACUUCCUUCCUUCUUUGGAUAUGCCUCUCCCAUAUACCACAUUAAGAAGAGAAGGAGACUUCCUUCUGUUUUAGCAGCCUUGUAAAGGGGAAGUGCCCUUGCCCCUUUUUGCUGAAGCAGGUUUGCUGGAUCCUGAGGUACAGGAAAUUCCUGCCCUGCAUGGUUUUGGGAGCAGCUGUGUGUGGAGUAUUUAAAAAGGUCCAAAUGGCAGAGGUGGGUAUACAAGAACUAAAACAAAAGGGGCUGUUUCUGUUAUAGCCUAGGUAUUUUUUUUUAACUGUGUUUAAUAGCCAUUCCAGCACACAUAUCAAACUCAAAGGCCCAUGGCAUUAGGAGCUACCUUCCCUUAGCUUUACUGUCUCCAGUAAAGAUGCAGAUUGAAGACUAGGUUUUUUGGCAGCUGUUCGCUCCAGAUGCCCAUCUUUGAAGCAGAAGAGGAUUUAUCGUGACAAGGUGAUGGGAAAAUCUGAGUGGGAGGAUGGGUUGUCUUACAUUAGAAAACCCUUCACCACUAGGUGUCAUGAGUGUGAUAAAGUAUAAUUUACAGAUCCAAAGCAGUCUCCAGAAGUGCCAAGGCUCUUCAUAUAAAAAAAAAAAAAAAAAAAAAAAAAAAAAAAAAAACAAAAAAACAAAACAAACAAAAAAAAACUUGGAAUUUUGGUUCGCAUUUUUUGUUAAGUUUGUUUUCUGUUCUUUUAUCAGUUUGUAUUAUUUUUGUCUGUUUUCAUUAUCCUCAGGAGAGCUUACAAGACAAAGUUGGCAGGAUUGUAUCACCUGCCUCAGACUUUUUUAAAUUGAUGUUGUAAAACAAAUACUUCCUUCCCCAGUAUAUAUAUAUAUAUAUAUAUAUAUAUGUAUAAAAACACUCUAACAACUGAUUUUUGAUUUUUUUUUUUUUUAAUACAAUUUCUUCCUAAGGGGUACAGUGAUGUUUAGAGGAUAAUCCCCUGCCACUCAGCUCUCACAGGUUUUGUAAAGACCAAGUUCUGAAUUUUUUAGCAUUUGCCAAAGAUGAAAAUGUGCAGUUCUCUUCCAGAAGCACCUUCACUUUUAAAAAAGCAAAAUGAAAACAAAAAACAAACUCUGGAAGAAAUUAUACAAAGCAUGAAGAGGUAAGUGUCCCCUACAGCUGAAUACCUGAAAGCAAGACUUUUUCCUAGGCCGUUUGUCUCAGCUUUUUUAUUUUCAGAAGUUUCACAUGCAUAUUUGAGUAAAACAUGAGACUGUUCUAUGUGCAAGGCACCUACUGUUGCAGGAGUGUUGUGGCAUGGGUGGAAGCUUAAUGGCACAAGAAACCAUCAGCGAUCUCUGUAACAGUCUCUGUAUUGACCCACCUCAUAAGAAGGGGGGGGAGAUUCUAAAGUGUAGUAUCAACUUUCCAGUUCUAACUGAAGUGUUGAGUCUGAAUUUAUUCUUGAUAUCUUCAUUCCUAUGAGAGAAGGAUUCUAAGCCUUCUUGAAUCAAAAUAGACCCAAAGGAAGCCACCAAUUCUUGCACCUUGAAAACACUCUUCAGUCCAAUGAAAUUUGAGGGGACAAAAAAGGCAGAGGUGAGCACCUCUAAUGGCAAAGGAGGGCAGCCUUUAAACUAUUUUGUUAGCAGGCUGGGUAUGGCAAAACUUGUUUACUUUGGCUUUUGACAGGGUAGGCAGGUAGUAUUUGCUGCUUUUGAAGCGUAGAUUAACUUCAGUCACAUUUAAAGGUUUCACUUCUUCAUGUUACAUUCAGUGUUCUUAAUAAAAAUUGUUCAGGUUUUAAAGGUCUGGCCACUUUUUAAACUGUCUGAACCUGACUAUUCCUGUCAGUCAGACCUUUGAGAAGCAACAACUUUGAUUUUCAUUCUUACAGAAGAAUAUAGGGAACUUUUCUCCUUUGUGCAUAUGCCUGAACUUUGAAAAGUGUGCAUAUUCUGCCCUUUCAAGGCCCUACACUAACAGAAGAGAGUCCUGGUAGAAGUAUGAAGAUACUGCAUAAUAAGGACCCAGGGAUAAGAAGGGUGGUCUAGCACCAAAGAAAGCUGUUAAGUUACAUCAGCACAACACUACAGCAGGGUGUCUGAUCAUUUUAUUUUUGAAAGUUGUUUUGUACAAAAAACAAGUUACCUUAAAUACCACCAUGAAACAGUACCAGCUGGCUUAAUGACUUCAUUUUUUCCCAUGUUAUGAGAAAGACUGAGACCAUAAUUUCUGCUCUGACUUUUGGUGUUUGCCCACUCAUCCCCCAGCAAGAAAACAGGGUCAUCUCUUUGCCCCUAUUGUCAUUGGUUAUACUGCUUUGUCAGUAUAAAAACCCACAAACCUUAUCUGUACCAUGCCAUUAGUAUUCAUCAGUCUGUGCCCUCAAGAUCAAAGACUGUUUUCUUUCCAUUCUGCCAUACUGCAGAUGGGAGUGAGGAGCUAGACUAAGCAAAAAGCAAUUAAGAAUCAAAGUACUAUGCUCCUAAAGGUUCAAAUUAAGUCUUGUAACUCAGCUGUACCUGCUUUUCCCAAGUGCCCAAGUGGAAGGCUCUCUUGCUCCAAGCAGUAUUCAAGUACCAUCUGCACAGGGCAAGUGUCUUAAGACUGGUGUACAUCAUGUUGAAGGGGACAGCAACUGGGGUCACUCUCAAAACAUUUCUGAGUGUGUUAGCAUUCUUACUCUUUUUAAUAAGAAUUGUAGUAGCUUCCCAGGAAAACAUUCUGCCAGACAAGGAAGCUUCAGGAAGCAUGAGAUCACAAUUCUGACCAUGACUGAGCUGUAUAGGCAUAAAGCUUCAAGUAAGGCUUCUUAAAGAACUCAAGUGAUAGCUGUCUUCAAUUUUCUGAUUUUGCCUUGAUGUCACUUACACAUUCAGAAAGCAUUCCCUUCAUUUAGGAGAUGAUAAUUUUUUUUUUUUUUUGCUCUUCUGUGAUGGAGAAGACAGUAUUUUGACUGAAUUCAAAAGUAGUGAAACAGCAUUUAACUCGGUUCUUUUUAGCAUUGCCCCUCUCUUGUCUGAGAGGAUGGCAUGCAUCCUUUUACACCUCCUGAAGGAAACAGGUGUCUAUUUUUCAACACAUUGGCAUUAGAAAAAAGACUAGAGGGGUGCUAAUGCCUCUUCCAACUCCAGUGAGUCCAGCAUAGAGCUUUUCAUGCAGGUUAUGCUGACAAAGACUGUGUGCAACAGUGCAGGUGCUAGAAAAGCCAAAAAUGCAUUUAAAGGAAAAAAAAAAGUGUCUAACAGAUUUUGUAAAUCCUAGGAAAAAAAAAUACAUUAAAAGACCCCUCUGCUACAGUCUCAGUUUUUUAAAUGGAGACUUCCCUUUCUGCAUAUGCAUUCACAGCCCUUUCUUCCUCUCAAUGAAGAAACUCCCUUUCCUUCUCAGUGCUGAUCAUUCACAUUGUUUUCUUGCUGUCCUAUCAACUCUCAGCACUUGCUCCCCAUAGCUUUGCUGCUUUACUGCAUUUUUUUGGAAAAAACAAAAAAAAAACAAAAAAACAAAA